AAUUCUAUCCGGCACAACUUGUCACUCCACAGCCGAUUCGUCAGGGUGCAGAAUGAAGGCACCGGGAAAAGCUCUUGGUGGAUGAUCAAUCCAGAUGGUGGGAAGGGCGGCAAGGCACCCCGGAGACGCGCUGUGUCAAUGGACAACAGCAACAAGUACACAAAGAGCAGAGGGCGAGCAGCUAAGAAAAAGGCAGCCCUGCAGACUGCCCAGGAGACGAGUGAGGACAGCCCUUCUCAGCUCUCCAAGUGGCCGGGGAGCCCCACCUCCCGCAGCAGUGACGAGCUGGAUGCGUGGACAGAUUUUCGCUCCCGUACAAAUUCCAAUGCCAGUACGAUCAGUGGCCGCUUGUCACCAAUUUUGGCAAGCACUGAACUAGAUGAUGUCCAAGAUGAUGAUGCUCCGCUUUCUCCCAUGCUGUACAGUAGUCCAUCGAGCUUGUCCCCAUCAGUAAACAAACCAUGUACUGUGGAGUUGCCUAGGUUGACUGAUAUGGCUGGGACAAUGAAUCUGAAUGAUGGACUGACAGAUAACCUCAUGGAUGAUCUCUUAGACAAUAUAACACUCCCUCCCUCCCAGCAGUCACCCACAGGAGGGAUGAUGCAGAGAAGCUCCAGUUUUCCUUAUGGUUCCAAAGGUUCAGGGCUGGGUUCCCCGUCAAGUAGUUUCAACAACUCCGUGUUCGGGCCGUCUUCCCUGAAUUCCCUCCGCCAGUCGCCCAUGCAGACCAUUCAGGAGAACAAGCAGGCCACCUUCUCUUCCAUUUCUCAUUACAACAACCAGACGCUGCAGGAUCUCCUCACCUCUGAUGCACUUAGUCACAGCGAUGUCAUGAUGACACAGUCUGACCCACUCAUGUCACAAGCCAGCACAGCUGUGUCCGCCCAGAAUUCCCGCAGGAAUAUAAUGCUCCGCAACGACCCCAUGAUGUCGUUUGCCGCGCAGUCCAGCCAGGGCGGUCUGGUCAAUCAGAGCCUCCCCCAUCACCAGCACCAGUCCCACAACUCCUCUCUUAGUGGCAGCCGUGCCUUGUCCAGUUCCAUCAGUAACAUAGGCUUGAGUGAUUCGAACAGCUUGGGAUCCACCAAACAACAGCAGUCACCUGUCAAUCAGUCUAUGCAAACACUUUCUGACCCGCUCUCAGGCUCCUCUUUGUACUCCUCUAGCAUGAACCUCCCAGUAAUGGGACACGAGAAAUUCCCAAGUGACUUGGACCUGGAUAUUUUCAAUGGGAGCCUGGAGUGUGACAUGGAGUCCAUUAUCCGCAGUGAACUCAUGGAUGCAGAUGGGCUGGAUUUUAACUUUGAUUCCCUCAUCUCAGCUCAGAACGUUGUCAGUCUGAAUGUGGGGAACUUCACUGGUGCUAAACAGGCUUCAUCACAGAGUUGGGUACCAGGCUGAAGGAUCUUUGAGAACAGGGAAAAUGGGCAAACAGGCCCUCAAACUGACACGAGAUGUAGAAAGAGAACCCUUUGCCAAAUCUGCUGUCAGCAAGUGGACAGUGAUACUGUUUACAGCUUAUGACCUUUGUGAACCCUGCGUUAUUUUCCUAAUGAAGCAGACUGUUAAUAGCCCCUUAUUGGAGUGAAGAUCCUCUUUUUUUUUCCUUUUUUUUUUCUUUUCUCUUUUUUUUUUUUUUUGAGAAUUGUACUAAUUCUGAAGUAUGCAAAAUCUUCCUUUUCUGGGAUGGCCAAGCACCUGCUGUGGAGACAAAUGUUCAGCACCAUCCUGUUGAGAACACACUGUGUAGCCUUUACAGUAGUUACUUGUCAAUGAGUAUGUGGUGUUUCAAUAUAUUAAUGGUUUAUGGGAUGUUUUAAGUUGGCUUUUCUUUUUGGAGGUUUUUGCUGUCUGCCCACCCUCCUCUCGACAACCUCCAGUUUGAUUUCCUUAGAUUUUUGAUAAUUUUUGCUUUCUCUCCCUGGGAAAUCUGAAGUACU